AUGGUCAAGCGCAAGGAACUCAAAGACAAUGAUGUCGAGAUGUCGGGGACGGAUCCCCGCGUCGACGGCGACGACUCCGACGAGGACAUGGACAUGGUCAACGUCGAUUUCGAAUGGUUCGACCCUCAACCGGCUGUCGACUUCCACGGUCUGAAGAACCUCCUCCGCCAGCUCUUCGACACCGACGCCCAGAUCUUCGACAUGUCCGCAUUGGCCGAUUUGAUCCUCUCGCAACCUCUGCUUGGAUCGACUGUUAAAGUAGAUGGGAAUGAGUCGGAUCCGUAUGCGUUCUUGACUGUGUUGAACCUUCAGGAGCACAAGGACAAACCCGUAAUCAAAGACCUCACAGCCUACCUCCAGCGCAAAGCCAAUGCCGUACCAACACUCGCACCCCUGGCUCAACUCCUCUCCCAAACUCCCAUCCCUCCCAUCGGCCUGAUCCUGACGGAACGUCUCAUCAACAUGCCCGCAGAGGUCGUACCGCCUAUGUACACGAUGCUGCAAGAGGAAAUCGAAUGGGCGAUCAAGGACAAGGAGCCUUACAAUUUCUCGCACUAUUUGAUCGUGUCGAAGACGUACGAAGAGGUCGAGUCGAAGCUAGAUGCGGAGGAAUCGCGGCCGCAAAAGAAGAAGAAGAAGGCUGCGGGUGGGGAGAAGGCCGAGCGGUUCCUCUUCCAUCCUGAGGAUGAGGUUCUGGAAAGGCAUGCCGUGUGUGUUGGGCCUGUGGAGUAUACGCAUAAGGCGGAGGAGGGACUGUCGGAUGCGAAGCGCGCAUUCCAGGAUUUGGGUAUUGUGACGAAGGGGAGCUUGAUUUUGUUGGAGGCGAGCAAGUUGGAUGGGGCGGUUAAAGAUAUGGCGGAGUACUUUAAGCCAUAG